CAUAAUAAAUUUCAACAAUAAUGAAUUGCAAUUGUACAAGGAAAUAAUCAAUAAAUUAUCCUAUAAAUAAAGAAUCCUUAUGAGAUAAACAAUUAUUUGUUACAACAAAAUGUAUAAAUAUGAUUUAGAAAUUUUAUGAUAAUGAAAAAUGAAAUUUACCUUUGAAUAAAACUUUCAAUUUUUUUUUCUUCCCCGUACGAUUCGUAUUUAGAAAAACAAAAAAAAAAUAAUGCGAGUCUGUUAGUACAGUAGAAUCAAAGUUCUUAAAGAUAAGAGUAAUCGUAGGCACAUAACACUGACCCUUAGUAUCAAGUCGGUUAAAUAAUGAAUCGACAAUGCAUAUUCAUUCCUAUAGAUUCUAUAUGUUUGACACCAAGAAAAUUAUAUAUCCUCGAUCUCUAAUAGUAACUGUUUCGUACUUCAAAAAUAUAUCUUACCUAAGUGCCAAGAACAUUUGAUGGAUGAUUGAUACUUGUUCCCUUCCCUUUGAUUCUCUAUAUAAUCAUAUUUUCGGAUAAAUAUAGCUUUCUCUCUCUCUUUGUCUCUCUUUUUGAUUAUUUUAUGUUGACCUUUUCAAUAAAGAAAAAAAACUUCUUCCGUCUUACCGUUUCGAUUACUUCAGAAUGCUUCGUGCCUUUGAAACGCUAUGGACUUUUUCGAUCAUCCUUACUAUAGGCUUACUAAGAAAUUAUUAUCACUUAUAGGACAAUGGCCAUAUCAGGAAUCCAGUGAACGUCGUUUUCGUAGCUUCAUUGUAUUCAUCUCAUUUUUUAGUUUCUUAUCUACACAGAUAUUAUUGUCUUUUACUUAUUACGGAAACAUCGAUAUUAUUAUCGAAACUAUGGCACCUAUAUCUGCAGCAUCGAUUAGUAUGAUCAAAUACUAUACUCUUCAAUUUAAUAGAGACAAAAUGAAACAACUUUUGGAUCAUUUAAUGUACAAUUGGAAAUUAUGUAGAACGAAAGAAGAAUUGGAAAUAAUGCAUAAAUUUGGAAAAGAGACAAAAUUACUUACUUUUUAUUAUACAAUAUAUAUAUAUACAUGCAUGACGAUAUUUCUUAUAUUACCAUUUUCUCCACGUAUCAUGGAUUUCAUUGCACCAUUGAACGAGUCACGUCCUUUGAAACCAAUAUUUAAAGGCGAAUAUUUCAUCGACGAGGACAAAUAUUUUUUUCCAAUUUAUUUUCACAUGUGUACAACUAUAGUGAUCAUUAUAUCAACAUUAAUUACCGCUGAUACUCUCUUUCUGACGUUCAAUUCACAUAUUUGUGGUAUAUUUGCAGCAGUUGGAUAUCGUUUGGAAAAUUUUUUAAAGAAUCAAAUUGAUUCCACAUCUUCCUUGGAUAAUUUAUCGAAACAUAAGUGUCACGAAAAUAUUCGAUAUUCUAUCAGAAAUCAUAAAAGUGCAUUAAAGUUUGCCGAACUCAUUGAAUCUUUUUACUCAGUAUCAUUACUUCUGCAAGCAGGCUUUAGUUUGAUAUGCAUGAGUAUCUCUUUGUUUGAAAUGCUGAUAUUUUUACAAAAUUCAACAGAAUUUUUCAGAUAUUUCAAUUUUGCAAUUGCUCAAAUAGUUCAUCUUUUCUGCAUGUGUUAUCCUGGUCAAAGAAUGAUAGAUUAUAGCACCGAUAUACAUAUUAAAGCAUACAAUGGACUAUGGUAUAAAGCGCCAUUGUCAAUACAUAAAUUACUGAUACUGAUAAUACGAAAAAGUUUGAAACCAUCUUAUUUGACUGCUGGAAAAGUAUUCAUAUUUUGUUUAGAAACUUUUGCAACGAUUAUACAAACUGCCACUUCAUAUUUUAUGAAUCAUAUUUUUGGAUGUAAAGAAAAUCACUUUGAUUAUUUUCUGACGAUCUUCACGUACGAGAAAGAUCUUUCUUCCUUGGAUUAUUUUAUAAUACUUUGUGCUUUUGAAAUGGACGCUUUCGAUCAUCCCUAUUACAGACUCACUAAGAAAUUAUUAUCACUUAUAGGACAAUGGCCCUAUCAGGAAUCAAGUGAACGUCGUUUUCGUGGCUUCAUUAUGAACAUUUCAUUAUUUAGUUUCUUGUCUACACAGGUAUUAUUGUUUUUUACUUAUUACGGAAACAUCGAUAUUAUUAUUGAAACUGUGGCACCUAUGUCUGCAGUAACAGUUUGCAUCAUUAAAUAUUAUACCGUCCACUUUAAUAGAGAAAAAAUAAAACAACUUUUGGAUCAUUUAUUAUACAAUUGGCAAUUAUGUAGAACGAAAGAAGAAUUAGAAAUUAUGCAUAAAUUUGGAAAAGAGACUAAAUUAUUUACUUUUUGUUAUACAAUAUAUAUAUAUACAUGCAUGACGAUGUUUCUCCUAUUACCAAUUGUUCCAAUUAUCAUGGAUAUCGUCGUACCUUUGAACGAAUCACGUCCUUUAAAACCAAUAUUCAAAGGCGAAUAUUUUAUCAAUGAGGACGAACAUUUUUACUUUAUUUAUUUUCACAUGAGUAUAUCUAUAACGAUCUCUAUAACAGCAUUAGUUACAGGAGAUAUACUCUUUCUGAUGUUUAAUUCACAUAUUUGUGGUAUAUUCGCAGCAGUUGGAUGUCGUUUAGAAAAUUUUUUAAAGGAUCAAAUUGAUUCCAAAUCUUCCUUAGAUAAUUUAUCGAAACAUAAGUGUCUCGAAAAUAUUCAAUAUUCUAUCAGAAGUCAUAAAAGUGCAUUAAAGUUUGCUGAACACAUUGAAUCUUUUUACUCGAUGUCAUUAUUGAUACAAUCUGGGUUGAGUUUGAUAUGUAUGAGUAUUUCUUUGUUCGAAAUGCUGAUAGUUUUGCAAAAUUUAGCAGAAGCGUUUAGGUAUUUCAAUUUUGCAGUUGCUCAAUUACUUCACCUUUUCUGCAUGUGUUAUCCUGGACAAAGAAUGAUAGAUUAUAGCACCGAUAUACAUAUCAAAGCAUACAAUGGACUAUGGUAUAAAGCGCCAUUGUCGAUACAUAAAUUAUUAAUAUUGGUAAUGCGAAAAAGUUUGGAACCAUCUUACUUAACUGCUGGAAAAGUAUUCAUAUUUUGUUUAGAAACUUUUGCAACGAUUUUACAAACUUCUACUUCUUAUUUUAUGGUAAUUUCAUCGAUAGUUUGUUUUCUUCGAAACACUAUGGAAGUUUUCGAACAUCCUUACUAUAGACUUAACAAACGUCUCUUGUUACUGAUAGGACAAUGGCCUUAUCAGCAUAAAUUUGAUCGACGUUUUCGUAUGUGCUUUGUAACUAGUCUGUUGUUUAGUUUUGGUAUUACUCAGAUAUCAUUGUUAUACACUAAUGGAGAUGUUGACACAUUGAUAGAAAUUAUACCACCUAUAACAUCAUUGAUAACGAUCACAUCUAAAUAUUCCAUGUUUUAUAUAUACAGAAAUAAUAUUAAAAAUCUUCUCGAACGUAUAACAAAACAUUGGAAAUUAUGGGAGUCCAAAGAGGAAAUUGAUAUAAUGCGUAAAUACAGCGAGGAAGGAAAAUUGUUAACUUUUUUUUAUACGUCAUAUAUAUACUCGUGUAUGACGUUGUUUCUUUUAAUGCCAUUUUUUCCAUUUAUCAUGGAUAUAAUUGUACCAUUAAACGAGUCUCGGCCUUUGAGACCUAUAUUUAAAAGCGAGUAUUUUAUCGACGAAGAUCAACAUUUCUUUCCAAUCUACUUUCACAUGAGUAUAGUGAUCGUUAUUGGAAUAACAGUGUUAAUAUCGAACGAUGUCCUUUUGUUAAUAUUCAAUUCGCACGUUUGCGGUGUAUUCACAGCAGUGGGAUUUCGUCUGGAACAUUUGUUAAAGAAUCAAACGAACAUGAUAAAUUUAUUAGAUUAUCGUUCUCGUAGGAUGUGCUUCAAAAAUGUCGUUCGUACCAUUGAAAUACAUAAAAGGGCUUUAGAGUUCGCUGACCUCAUUGAAUCUUCUUAUUCGUUUUUUUUACUUUCCCAAGUUGGCUCGAGUUUGGUGUGUAUGAGCCUUUCUUUAUAUCAAAUAGUAAUAGUGUUGAAAAAAUCGAGUGAAGCGUUCAGAUACAUAGCCUUUGCGGCUGCUCAAAUCGUUCACAUUUUUUGUAUGUGUUAUCCCGGACAAAAGAUAAUCGAUUAUAGUACCGAUAUACAUAUUAAAGCAUAUAGCGGUUUGUGGUAUGAGGCACCGAUCGAAAUACACAAUUUAAUAUUAUUAAUAAUCCGAAGAAGUCUCCAGCCUUGUUAUUUAACUGCUGGAAAAGCAUUUGUAUUGUGCUUCGAAAGCUUUUCAACGAUCGUGCAAACUUCCACCUCGUAUUUCAUGGUAAUAUCAUCUGUGCAUUAGCUUUCAAUGAUAUUUAAUUAUAUAUAGUUAUUCAAAGUUAUUACUUACGUAUAAAUAGAGCUUUAUGUCAUGCUACUUGUGUUUGUAUCGACUAAUCAAUCACGUCAUAAUAUUCUUUACACAUUAUCAAUCACCUUGUUUUAAGAUAAUCAAAAUCUAAUCUCUUGUUAAAAUCGGAGUUAAUUUGUAUUUACUAAAAUAAUAUAUAAAAAAGAAAUUACAAACAGAAGUUGGUUUAAGAGCACAAUGAAUAUACGGUACUAAGUAUAUAAUAAGAUAAAAGAGUACAUUUAUUCGUAAGAAGAAAGAACGAUGAAUUAAUAAAUUCAAUCGUGUAUAAAGUAUACGACAAACGUCUUGAGUUUUUCAAAAAGAAAAUUACAUACUUUCA